GUUGGUUUAGUUGACAGCUACUAAACCAACACAACACAGACGAUUUGAUGAGUUUGUUUUCUUAGACAUUAUAUUAGACACAUUAUAUCUGUGGUCUGUUUCAUAAGUAUCAUUGGUCCAUUCCCCGUUUAGAUUUGAUUACUAUUUAUGAAAACACCGUUCAAAUUGUGUCCAAAAUUUCUUGCCUGAAAUUCACUAUGUCAGGACCGAUUCAAGACGUUGUGGAAGAAGACGCGGCAGAUUUGCAAUUUCCUAAAGAAUUCGAAAAUGCGGAAACUCUACUUAUAUCAGAAGUUGAUAUGUUAUUAGAGCAUAGAAAAGCACAGAAUGAAUCUGCUGAAGAGGAACAAGAAUUCUCAGAAGUUUUUAUGAAAACUCUUACAUACACCAACAUGUUCAAAAAAUUUAAGAAUAAAGAAACAAUUGCAGCUGUAAGAAACCUUCUUCAAUCAAAGAAACUCCAUAAAUUUGAAGUCGCAAGUCUUGCUAACUUGUGCCCAGAGACACCAGAAGAAGCAAAAGCGUUAAUACCCUCUCUAGAGGGCAGAUUUGAAGAUGAAGAACUAAGAAUAUUAUUAGACGACAUUCAAACAAAACGCAGUUUGCAGUAUUAGCCUUUAUGAAAUAAAUACAUUCAUACAGA